AUGGAGCUGUCAGGCGGCGGAGAAUCCGCUGAAAUUCCUUCAUCGCGUGGCUCUACUAAAGUCAACUUUCCCCCAGAAGUGGAACAAGAGCGGCGAUCAACAGUAACGGCUGCCACUGCAGCUGCCUACCACAGGGGACGAGGACGCUCUAUGAGUGCUUGGAGUGAUAUCAGCAGAUCGAGCAUACGGUUUGAAGAAAGGGUCCGAGUGGAGUACUACGUAAACGAGAACACUUUCAAAGAAAGACUGCAACUAUAUUUUAUAAAAAAUCAACGAUCGAGUUUACGCAUUAGAAUAGCAAACUUAUUUUUCAAACUUUUGGCCUGCGUGUUGUACAUAUUCCGCGUGUGUGCUGAUGGGGAUCCUAUAUCGGCUUCUUGUUAUGGCUGUAAACCGGGAAAUAAGACUGAAUUCGAAUAUUCGGCUAACUUGACAGAAGAGGAAUUUCAAGAGCAUCCUAUUAUUAACUGGGACGGAAUAAUAUGGGUCAACAGACCGUUGUACCUAUGGGUAGUACAAGUCAUAUUGGCUAUGAUAUCUUUUACAGAAGCAAUAUUACUUGCCUACCUAGGUUAUAAGGGAAAUAUAUGGCAACAAGUGCUAUCAUUUCAUUUCAUUUUGGAAAUGGUCAAUACGAUCCCAUUCGCCCUAACAUUACCAUUUCCCCCACUUCGUAACCUCUUCAUACCAGUAUUUUUGAACUGCUGGCUAGCCAAAAGAUCAUUGGAAAACAUGUUUAACGACCUUCAUCGGGCGAUGCAGAAAUCGCAAUCGGCGUUAUCUCAACAGUUGAUGAUUCUCUGCGUCACGUUACUUUGUCUUGUAUUUACUAGUGUGUGCGGCAUUCAACACUUUCAGCGAGCUGGUCACCGUCAUUUGAACUUAUUUCAGGCUACAUACUUUGUUGUUGUAACAUUCUCUACGGUGGGAUAUGGUGACUUUGUUCCGGAUAUUUGGCCUUCGCAGUUAUACAUGGUGAUAAUGAUUGGAGUUGCUCUAGUAGUGUUACCAACACAGUUUGAACAACUGGCUUUUACUUGGAUGGAAAGGCAAAAGCUCGGCGGAUCUUACUCAUCACAUCGAGCGCAAUCAGAAAAGCACGUAGUUGUUUGUUCCACCACUCUCCAUGCAGAUACAAUAAUGGACUUUUUAAAUGAAUUUUAUGCUCAUCCUUUGCUUCAAGAUUACUACGUAGUAUUAUUAUCUCCUAUGGAGUUGGACACUACUAUGCGGAUGAUAUUGCAGGUACCGAUUUGGGCUCAAAGAGUUAUUUACAUACAAGGGUCAUGUCUGAAGGAUACAGAUUUAAUAAGAGCGAGAAUGAAUGAAGCAGAAGCAUGCUUUAUUUUAGCAGCUCGAAAUUAUGCAGACAAAACGGCUGCAGAUGAACACACAAUUUUACGGUCGUGGGCAGUUAAAGAUUUUGCACCAGACGUGCCUCAGUAUGUGCAAAUAUUUAGACCUGAAAAUAAAUUACACGUUAAAUUUGCCGAAUUUGUAGUGUGCGAGGAUGAAUUCAAAUAUGCCCUUUUAGCUAACAAUUGUACUUGUCCUGGGGCAUCUACGCUAGUAACACUUCUUCUCCAUACAAGUAGAGGACAGGAAGGUCAACAAUCACAAGAAGAAUGGCAUCGUCUCUACGGUAAAUGCUCUGGAAACGAAAUCUAUCAUAUUGUUUUAGGAGAUAGUCGUUUCUUUGGGGAAUACGCAGGCAAAAGUUUUACAUAUGCAAGUUUUCAUUCUCAUAGAAAGUAUGGUGUAGCUUUAGUUGGUGUACGCCCUGCUGAGUUACCAGAAUUUUACGAAGACACAAUAUUAUUGAAUCCUGGACCAAGACAUAUUAUGAAAAGUAGUGAUACUUGUUACUACAUGAGUAUCACAAAGGAAGAAAAUUCAGCAUUUGUAGUAGCAGAAAGGCAAACUGAACAGAAGUCUACAAUACCAAAAGACCAAACAGCUUGUAGUCUGUUAUCAACCGAGAAGAAGUGUAGCGACGCAGAGGAGGGGGGCAUUGCCCAGCAGAAAAAACCAGACGGUAGUAGUGUGGCUCAAUACGAACUUCCACAAGUGAUUCUCCAAGCUCCCGCGAGUUCCACACCAAACGCAUCGCCAUCACGCAUCUACCAAGCUAAUACUGUAUCAUCCGCUAAUUUAACUGUCAUUAGCUCGAAAUACGGCGAAGGCACCUCAUCCGACUCCAGAACAUGUUUAAAGGAUUCACCGGGCACAGAUAGUGCCACUGAUAGUCAUUUACUAUUACCUAAACAAGACAAUACUAACUUUUUGAGCCCUGAUGCACUAAAUUAUAGAAGAGGUAGUCGACGACCGUCAAUAUUACCCGUGCCAGAUAUGGUUACAAGUAGCCUUAGUAUCGCUCCCGACAACCAGGACGAGGAAGCAGAGGUAGAUGAAAGUGAAGAUGAAUUAGAAGAUGAUGUACCUUGGAGAUCACCUUCGGAAAAAAUUGCGAUUGUCAAAGGAUUUCCUCCAGUGUCACCUUUUAUUGGUGUUAGCCCAACUUUAUGUUAUCUACUGAAGGAGAAGAAACCAUUAUGUUGUUUGCAACUAGCACAAGUUUGCGAACAUUGCGCAUACAGAAACGCCAAAGAAUAUCAAUGGCAAAAUAAAACUAUUAUUUUGGCUGCUGAUUAUGCAUCAAACGGGAUAUACAAUUUCAUCAUACCGCUAAGGGCUCACUUUAGAUCCAAGACUUCUCUGAAUCCCAUCAUUUUGCUGUUGGAGCGUCGACCGGAUAUAGCUUUUUUAGAUGCUAUAUCCUAUUUUCCUUUAGUAUACUGGAUGCUUGGAUCAAUUGAUUGCCUCGAUGAUUUAUUGCGAGCUGGAAUAACACUAGCUGAAAACGUCGUUGUUGUCAAUAAAGAAUUAUCAAAUUCCGCUGAAGAAGAUAGCCUUGCUGAUUGCAAUACGAUUGUUGCUGUUCAAACGAUGUUCAAAUUCUUCCCUUCAAUUAAAUCUAUAACGGAGCUAUCACAAUCAUCGAACAUGCGAUUCAUGCAAUUUAGAGCACAUGACAAAUAUGCAUUACAUCUGUCCAAAAUGGAAAAGCGUGAAAAAGAACGUGGCUCUCACAUCUCAUAUAUGUUCCGACUACCGUUCGCAGCAGGAUCAGUGUUCUCAGCAUCAAUGUUGGAUACCUUAUUGUAUCAAGCGUUCGUCAAAGACUAUGUUAUCACAUUUGUACGCUUGUUAUUAGGAGUAGAUCAGGCUCCAGGAUCGGGGUUUUUAACUUCAAUGAAAAUUACAAAAGAAGAUAUGUGGAUACGUACAUAUGGUCGGCUUUACCAAAAAUUGUGUUCAACAACUUGCGAAAUCCCAAUUGGGAUAUAUCGCACGCAAGACACGACAUUAGCCGACGCCGAUCACCACGUGAGUAUGUCGCCGCGGACCCCAACAAAAUGGUUUUGGUCACGCUUCGCGAGAAUGCGACCAUCGCGUGCAUCGUAUUCUGCAAGUUUGGCUGAUGAAGCAAGAGAUAACCAUGCACAGCAAAUAGAAAGAGCUGAAAUAGCUAAUCUUGUUCGAUCAAGAAUGGAAUCAUUAAAUCUUACUGGCAUUGAUUAUGAUGAUGUUAGUGAGAAACGUAACAGCCUGUCAUAUGUUAUUAUCAAUCCCAGUUGCGAUUUAAAUCUACAAGAAGGCGACAUUAUAUAUCUCGUUCGUCCAUCUCCAUUCUCAGCACAAAAAACUUUUGAACGUCAUAACAGUAGAAGAAAAUCAAAUAUUAGCUUCUGUUCGCAAGCCUUGAUACAAGCUCAAGGUGUCGCGAGUAGAAGAGGGUCUGGUAUAGGAACUGGCUUCACUCAACCUCGGGCACCUCCACUCUCUACUACUAAAGCUAACUCGUUGUCAUUACCCGAUAGUCCGACUAUUAUAACAGAUUUUCGGGGACGAUCUAACUCACUUCGAGUUGUAGAUGAUAUAUUAUUACGAAGAUCAAGUUCUUUAAGGCAAGGACUUAGCGGUGUUGCAUCCCGGCGUAGAAAAAGCAGUUUAGAAGAAAUAGGCAUAUCUCAUUUUAAUUCUUUAUUGCUACAUCAGCAGCAACUACAACAGCAAAACGCCAACGCUUUCAAAAUAGCUCUAAACGGCAGCAUUGGAUUGGAAGUAACACCACCCGAAGAGAGCCCGUCUGAUCGUUUACCAGGGCCGAGCAUUCCUAUUAGUGGCUAUCAAGAAGUCGCAGCAGCUUUACCUUCAGCAUCCACUAGUUCAAAUUUGCCAUCAUUAAUACCGACUCCAGACCCUCAACAUCUCCAAGGAACUAUUGUAUGAUACCACCUAAUGUGGGGACGACGUCUUAGUUCCGUGAUCAGAAAUAAGUGGACUUAGAAUAGUGUAGACCAGAAAAUGGGUGUAACAUAAACUUUUCAAAUAUACUUGACCCAUUUGGAUUUUCCUUUGUCGACAAUGGAGAAUAUCGUAGUGUCUAUACUGCGCACGUAGUGUCUAUUCAUUCUGGAACCGCAAAAUUGACAUUCCAUUGUUAGUGGAAAAGACGUAUUGCGUAAAAGCUGUGUAAU